AUGGAUGUGUUGAAACGUUUGGAUUUUGUAUUUAAUUUGCACGAAGGUUUUCCUUGCGCUCUUUUAAAGGGCAGGGAUGUUGUAGCUGUCCUUCCUACGGGUUAUGGAAAGUCGUUAAUUUUUCAACUUCUUCCUGACGUUAUACCACAAAAAAGUACAAGGAAUAUCGUUAUUGUAGUGUGUCCUUUAUCUUCAAUUAUAGAAGACCAAGUGCAGUUUUUAAACAGUGUUGGUAUUUCAGCAAUGUCACUUCAUUGCAAUAAUAGUUCCACAAGCUCUUAUGAAAAGGCAAUACUUUCCGAGCAACGCAGAAAUUUAUUAAAGUCAACUGUGUAUCAAGAUAAUGUAUUUGGAAUUGUUAUUGACGAGGCCCAUUGUGUAGAAUGUUGGGGAGAAGAAUUUAGAAAAGAUUUUAAAGAACUUUCCACAGUGCGCACUUAUUUUCCAAAAGCAUCUAUGUUAGCCCUUACUGCAACUGCCUCACCUCAUCAUAUAACAAGUUUAGUGAAGUCAUUGAAUAUGUCAACAGCAAAAGUUAUCAGAGUAAAUCCCAACCGCAAAAACAUAUUUCUUGACAAAAAGAUCCGCAAAAGUAAUGCUUCUGGAUUCGAAAGCUAUGAGAAUAUAUUGUUACCUAUAGCAAAUUCAUUAAAUUCAGUAAGAGAACAAUUUCCAAUGACAAUCAUUUAUAUGAAAUUAAAAUAUUGUGGUCUUGCCUUUAAUCUAUUUGAAAGAAUUUUAAGCACAUUUCAAUAUGUGGGAUUUGAAAAAACACCAUCUAGUCGUUUGUUUUGUCAAUACCAUGCACCGCAGACAAAAGCUAUGAAACAAAUUAUCAUAAAGGAAAUUUCUAAGAAGAACUCACGGAUCAGAGUUAUCUUUGCUACCACUGCGCUCGGAAUGGGUGUUAAUAUUCCACAUGUACAAAAUGUUUACCACAUUACCCCACCCAGCAAUCUUGAAGCUUAUGUUCAAGAAAUAGGACGAGCUGGCAGAAGUGAGCAACCUACAACAGCUUUUUUGUUUUACAAUAAUUCCGAUGUUUCGGCAAAUAAAACAAAUGUGGAUAAAAAUAUGAAAUUGUACUGCCAGACAUCAACUUGCCUAAGGGAGCAUAUUCAAAAACAUUUUGGUUUCAAGCACGAACUUCAAGAAAAAUGUUGUUCAAUCUGUGAAAAAGUGGAAUUUGUAGAAAAACCAACCACUGUAAGAACUCGUUUAACAGCAAAAUUAAGAAAUGAAUUAAAUAAGGAACUAUGUAUGGCCCUAUCCAACAUUAGUGAAGAAAAUUCGAUAUUUUUGUUUGGGACUCCCAAAGAGCUUGCCACUGACAUUUGUUACACAAGCUCACAAUCAAAUACAGGUGCCCCUGAUUUAUCCAUGUUAGAUGAGAAAAUUGCUAAAAAAGUUCAAAAUAUUUUGUCAAAGUAUUUUUGA